GGCUCCUCCACCACCCAGGCUACUACGGACAGGCAAGAUGUCUAUCACGGGUUCGCGUAGGUGUGAUUCUCUCCAAUGCAGGUAGGUCUUAACCGAAUGAGUCGUAGGUGAGGCAAAAUGGAGCUUCACCGCAGCGGAAUCAUGACACCACCACUUCUCUGGAACUACAAAACUCCGCCCGGCUGCACAUUCAGGGAAGCUCCUCUCUUACUCUUCCUCGAACACGCAUCCUCAAUUCGUUGUAUCCUUGAACAGACACUGAUCUUUCGUUUUAAUCGGCUGUCUGCUAACCUUCGCUCCGCUCUACGGUCGUCGAGAUCUGAAUUUGAUAUUGAGGCGAACAGCAGGAUAAGGAAGCUGAAAAGCCAUCCCCGACCAUGCAACGAACACUCGCUCUCGCGGCUCUGGCUGCAGUGGCCUUUGCCAACCCCAUGCCUCAGGGCGUCACCUCUGCCAUCGCUCCAGAGGCGUCUGCUCCGGCUGGAUGUCAGUCAACAUGGCCCGGUACCUUUGAGAUCACCGUUGUGAACGUCACUUCUUCAGGCAAGAGAGACCUCGAGAAGCGUCAAAAGGAUGGUGUCCUCACACUCACACUCGCCGAUGGCGUUCUCAAAGACCAGGCUGGCCGCACUGGCUACAUCGCCUCAAAUUACCAGUUCCAGUUCGACGACCCUCCUCAGAACGGUGCCAUCUACACCAAAGGCUUCUCCGUCUGCUCGAACUACAGUCUCGCACUGGGAGGAGAUGCAUUGUGGUAUCAAUGCCUCAGUGGUAGCUUCUACAACUUGUACAACAAGAACUGGGCCAACACCUGCAACGCCAUCUACAUCUACGCCAUGUCUGGUUCCUCUGCUCCUGCCACGCAGGCCGCCGAUGGACAGCCUCAGGCCACUCCCGCCCCCGCUCCUCCUGUCUCUCAAGUCUCCGAUGGACAGCCCCAGGCGACCACCGGCGUUCCUGUCACUCAGAUCUCAGAUGGUCAGCCACAGGCAACCACCGGUGCACCAGUCUCACAGAUCUCCGAUGGCCAGCCCCAGGCACCUACUGGUGCACCGGUUAGCCAGAUCUCUGACGGUCAACCUCAGGCCCCCACUGGUGCUCCCGUUUCCCAAAUCUCUGAUGGUCAGCCCCAGGCUCCCACUGGCGCCCCUGUCAGCCAGAUCUCAGAUGGACAGCCACAGGCACCAACUGGUGCUCCUGUGAGCCAGAUUUCUGACGGCCAGCCUCAGGCUCCUACUGGCGCACCUGUCAGCCAGAUCUCUGAUGGUCAACCACAAGCUCCUACCGGUGCCCCUGUCUCUCAGAUUUCCGACGGACAGCCACAAGCUCCAACUGGUGCUCCCGUCUCUCAGAUCUCGGAUGGUCAGCCCCAGGCCCCCACAGGAGCUCCUGUCUCCCAGAUCUCAGACGGUCAACCUCAGGCACCAACCGGAGCACCAGUCAGCCAAAUCUCCGAUGGCCAGCCUCAAGCUCCUACCGGGGCUCCCGUAUCUCAGAUUUCAGAUGGUCAACCACAAGCUCCUACCGGGGCUCCAGUGUCCCAGAUCUCUGACGGGCAGCCUCAAGCUCCCACCGGAGCCCCUGUCUCACAAAUCUCUGAUGGACAACCUCAAGCACCUACCGCUACUGUGGAGGCGGCCUCCAACACUGGUGCUGCUCCUGCCACAUACACCGGCGCUGCCAACCGUGAAGGUCUCUCUGGCAGCCUUGCCGUUGUCGCCGGUCUCGCUGGUGCCAUGGCCCUCCUAUGAUCUAGCUCCUAACUACGUCAUACGAGACACAUCUACACACACCCACACAUUCUUUUUUCCGAUCAAGACGAAGACACACACACAACCUACCCUUACGCUCAUUUAAUGAAUCAUGUUGGGAAAAUGAAAAACCCGAAUUUGCUGUAAUGCAUGCAUAGCGCCUGCAUAUAUUGGAUGGACAAACAGACUAAGCCAAAGUUGCUUUUUAAUUUGGGGGAGGGAGGGAUGGGGACGCAUCGGUUGGAAAAUUGCAUCGGUGUAAUUAUUUUGCGGCUCAGAUAUUCAGUGCUUUUUGAAGAGCUCACUGUCUUUGCCGGCCCCCGUGCCAAUGGAGACCAGGAUGAUCUGGCCCAUGGAUGGACUUAAUAGCUAAUGACAUGUCUUCCUCGUCAUCAUCCCCCCCUCAAAAGCGAAUUUCUUUACAUUUGUCCGUAAAACGUACAGUGAUCACGGAAUGUUUUUCAUCUCGCCAGGCCACGCCCCCUACGAUGAUCA